AGUGCUGUACUGUACGAGCCGAGUACUAGUACUCGAGAAAGGGGGUGUGUGUAUGCGGGCAGUAUAAAACCGUUGUUGUGACUAUGAGGGUGUUCAUUUGCAUUUAGUGGAGAAUCACACGAGCACGUCCGGUUCUUGAUUAUCGUGCCUUGCUUCGAAUAUAUUUUGCUACUGUACAAUUAUUUGUACUGUCAAUUCAGGGAUAUAUUGAUUUCAUUUACUUUGGAAUAAGAAUAUUCACUCAUGCUCAUCUAUGAUAUGCCUUCGUGUGCGCUAACAGGUGGAUUCAGCCAAUUCUCGGUGGAGUUUCCCGCGCUGUGUGUGAGUUCACCAAGCCAACCAAAUCCCAACAUGCCAACUCCGCCACCCGCUCCAAUCAGCAUUACUCCAAGUCACCAAAAGUCCUCUGACAAGCACCCUUCCACACCAACCGCUGCCGCCCUCUCCGCACCUCCACCCAGCCCCCGACCACCUCUUCUCCGACGUGGCCCUGUCCUCUCGCUGCCGACCAUCAAGUGUGGGGAACCGCCAGAAUCGUCCAAAUACAACACUGCCCUCAAAAGACCCACCACGCCUCUGGUGCCAAGUGGGCAUCAACAGAGUGGACAGUCUGGUCCAGGAUAUGAGUGCAAUGAUCCUGUAAGGCUACUCCCACACUUGUAUCUUGGAAGCAACUUCCACGCGUCAAGAUUGUCGGUCUUGGAGGAACACGGGAUCACGGCAGUGUUGAACGUAUCCAGGCUGCCAAACUACUUCCCAACGGGUUUCAGAUAUAUGCAGAUUCCUGUUGACGACAACACAGAUGCAGACCUACUGCCCUGGUUUGAGGAAGCCAAUAACUUCAUUGAUUCUGUAGAGAGAUGUGAGGGUCGUGUCCUUGUCCACUGCCAUGCUGGCAUUAGCCGCUCAGCCACCAUUUGUCUGGCAUACCUCAUGAAAGUCCGUCAGAUCCGCCUGGAAGAAGCAUUCGAGUUCGUCCGCAGCGAGCGAACUGUCAUCUCGCCCAACCUUGCCUUCAUGUUGCAAUUGCUGCGUUUUGAAAAUGAACUAGCGAGCAGCCGAAAAGAGAACACUGAUCAGAACUCACCUUGCAACCACACCAGUAGUUCUUUCUUCAGUAAUACUGCGUGUAGCUCAACCAACAAGUAUUCAGACUCGGCGCUGUCACCAUCCGCACCAAGUCCUGCAACCAAUCCGACGGGGAAAACAACGUCAACAAGACAACUCAGCUUGGGAAACUCUCCAUUGCUGGUGAAGAGGAUGGCGCGUAGUAUGUCUCUACCCAGUUCCAGGAGUCAGAACUCUAGCCCUGUCGGUACGGACAUGAGGAAACAGAACUUGAUUUUCAAUUUCAAUCUUCCUGUCUUACCGAAAAGUGGUUCAGCCCACUCAUGUGCCUUGGAAUGUCCUGAUCUUAGUCCAACGCCGAGUCCGAUUUUCUUUCCCAUAUGAUACAAAAAUACAAAACUUGACAUGAUUGUUUUACGUGAUUCAGAUUCUGUCGACAGAUAACGCGUACCUUUAUGCCUGAUUUGGGCCCAUUGCUCAAAUGGCCAAACUGUAUCUUUGAACCUAAUUCUCGCCAAAAUGUAACAUUCCUUGAGGGAUAGGUUAUAAGUGUGAUCUGUUGAUUCUGUUUUCAUUAUCUAUGUUAGUUUUCGUUUUUUACAUGUAUAAGUUUUCUGUAUGUUUUUUGAAAUAUCUCAUCAGUAUUCAUGCUGCCAGAGUUGGAAUGUACAUAAUUGAUAUUGUUGAACUCUGGAUGUGCAGUUGUCUCUUACUUAAAGGCUGAUCAAGUUCAUCGUUUCUUAGAUUGUUGUCAUCGUUUUCAUGAGAAAACUCAAUUACAAAUUCUUGACUUUGAUGUUUUCGUGAAAGGAAUUUAUGUGAAUUUCUUUCUGUUUUUGCGUUUUUUUAUUUCAUACCUGAAAAAAAUGAAAGAUUAGUUUAAAGGCACUUAAAUAAACAGUGCCUAAAACAUGCCAUUAAUCAGUUUGGGAUACGUUUUCUUUGGUAUUAAAAAAAGCGAUACCGUCCGAAACCUCAUGAAGUAAAGGAAAAAAAACGAUUAAAGUGUCAGAAGUAAGGACUCUAAUGAGAAUGUACAAAGAAAAGAGGGAAUGGAGAGUUGUACGUUUAUAUGAAACGUUUCUUACGUCAUUCAUGUAAUAGGUAUUUACUUCGAGGUUGUAUUAACUGCGAUAAUUGUUCUGUUGCAAUAACAUGGGUAAAUCAUACCAACAUUAUUUUAUCAUGGUGCUCUUGAAUCUCGUAAAAUUUGAUAUUCUCAUAUGAACGAAACUUUGUAAUUUUGUACGUUUGUUAUACAUGAGAUAGGAAAUAUUCUGGCGUGAUUUUAUCUUGUAUUAUUAUCAUUUUUUUACGGUAGUAGAUGAUCUUCUUCGUUAGAUCGUGUUUGUUUGUGAUUAUGUAGAAAUCUCUACCAUUGAUUCUUUACUUGCCUUGGCAGAGCCGUGCAAUAUUCGUUAUAUUUGUUUCAGUUGAGUUCGAUAUGUGUUCUACGUUCACUUUCAAAGGGGUUUACAAUCAUCAUUAGUUUAUGUCAUUUCAAUUGAAUCUUAAUCUGUUGUUGAACUAUGAAGAUAUAUUUUUUUAAAGAUUUUAAUCAAUCGUCCUUUUCUUUUAAAGACUUUUAUGAAUAUGCUUAAAGCAUUGAAAAUAAAUCCAUUAAUAUUUUAUGUGAAACGCAUUCAAUGAUCUAUAUUUAUUUUCAUUAUGUUUGCUUUGCUUCUGUGUUUGUUCAAGCGUGAUAUAUUUCAAGAAAUCGAAACAAAAAUCAAAGACAAAUGAAAAGUGAUUGUGUGUCAAGCUGUAAUUUGUUAUGUUCUCACAUGCAAUGCCAAGAUUAUUUAUGAAUAAAGAAAAAGGUCUUCGAACUAAUAAUAAAAAAUA